GGUCACGUGAAAGGCGUCAGCACUGGGACUACAAUAUUAGCGGUGAAAUUCGCUGGAGGUGUCAUUAUUGGCUCAGACUCACGAGCCUCGAUGGGUGGGUCUUAUGUUUCAUCAAAGGUAAUAAACAAACUAGUUCAAGUUCAUGACAGAAUAUUUUGCUGCAUGUCAGGAUCACUUGCUGAUGCUCAAGCCAUCACGCGUGCAGCCAAAUUCCAGCUCGCCUUUCACAGUAUUCAGAUGGAUGAACCUCCUUUGGUAAUGGCCGCUGCCUCUAUUAUGCAGGAGCUGUGCUAUCAGCACAAAGAAGAGCUCUCGGCUGGUUUCAUAACUGCAGGGUGGGACAAGAAAAAAGGGGCACAGGUGUACUCUGUUUCUAUGGGGGGGAUGCUGGUGAGUCAGCCCUUCACUAUUGGCGGGUCAGGAAGCACAUAUAUAUAUGGUUACGCAGAUGCAAAGUACAAGCCAGGAAUGACCAGAGAGGAGUGUCAAAUUUUUGCUGCCAAUGCUCUGGCUUUGGCUAUGGGAAGAGACAAUGUAAGUGGGGGUGUUGCCCACUUGGCUGUCAUUUCUGAGAAAGGUGUCGAGCAUGUUGUAAUCCCAGGAGACAAGUUGCCGAAAUUUAAUGAUAAAUAAACUGCUGUUUUCCUUAUAUGGGGUCUUUGAUGUUUGACAAUUUUAAUGAUGAACAUGCAAUAAAGAUUCCAAAUCAUUUUUGUGGUUUA